AUGUCGCACACACCGGUAUCUGGGGUGGCGGCGUACUUCGCCCAAUUCGAGGGGUUUGAGUUCGACGCUACUCGCGGCAUCAUACCGGAGUUUGACCGGCUGUGCUCGGAACGGAGCUGGGGCAAGAAGCGGCGCCAAACAGCCCGACGCAAGCUCAACGGAUUCAUCGCGGAGGAGUUCAACGCCGCAUACGGCACCCUUGACAAUGACCUCAUCCAAUGGCAAACUCUAUCCCGCGAGCUUCGUGUUGAACCCGUUCCAGAUUCAGUCUCCCAGUGCAAGCAGGCGGUCAAGAGGAUCCAUGUGAACAUAGUAGACCUUCUGGAUGCCAGGGCGAGGGGAGAGCAAGUUCGUCUUCAUAGGAACAUGCACCAACUCGCACAGUACUCGAUACGCACCGGCAAAAUAUUUCCAAAAAAGCAGGCGAAGGCAGGGCUCCUCCUCAAGUAUCUUCUCAGGCAGAUCUACUGA